AGAUAUUUAGGUACACAAACAUUAAAUUAUUAUAACGAAGAUGAAAGUACCGAAUGCUUGUUUUCUAGUUCUUAUGGUUGCUAUAGGCAAAUCAGAGGGAAAAAGAAACAGACUCGUUAUACCAGAACCUUUACCGGAGGAAGAAUUUUGUCUAAUAAGUUGCAAAGGGGCAUGCUAUUAUCAAAUACAAAGGACCGUACCUUUACAAUGGCCAGGUGCAGACGGAGAAUGCGAUAACUUGCGCGAGGGUGGACAUUUGGCGAACAUAUAUAACCGAAGGUGUUACAAUGACAUUCGUGAAGCAUUAAUAAAACGGAAAAGCAGAGGACAAUUUCUCAUUGGAAUGAAAUACCAACAGGAAUUAAGCAACCUCGGAGACAAACUCAAUUUAUACAACAGCGAAGAUCGAGUGAAAAAUCCAAGAUGGUAUCGAAAUCGACCUAAUCGUAUUGGUCAAAAAGAAAUAGUUUUGAUAAUCGGCCAAAAACCAAAAUUAAGUGGACUGAGAAAUGUACUUGACGGUGGUCUGCAUCAAAAAAUCUUGUGUCAAGUCGAAAAGUAGCGAUAUCAAUGAAGAGAAAACUAAAGAAAAAAUGCAAUUCAAUGUACUUCACUAUGAAGAAUAAGAACGUACAUUCAUAUAAAGAAAGAAUAUAAAACCUCUGAAGAGCAAUUGUGCCCACUGUCUCGUAUCAUAGUUAUAAUAGUCAAGCAUUUUUAUAUAAAAAUAUUGUAUUUAUCAAUCGUCUAUCUUCAAAAUAUGGUUGGCCUAUCUGUGAGAUAAGAUUCUGCUCUGCACAUGUGCGAUCGCCUGCACUUGAAAUUUGAAAAAUCUUCAGUUCGAAUCUUAUCAUUGGAACACGUCGAUAGUAUUUUUUAUUCUUGUAGAAGUCAUACAGUCAUUUAUAUAUUGUAAUGCCUUAUUUUCUUAUUGCUACUGUUAGUGUAUUAAACUACAGUAAGUAAUUUAUAACAAGGUGCAAUAUUUUGCCUAAAUAAAAUAAAUGUAUUUAAAAAGUCUGUGAAUGAAUGUUAUAAUACCAUGUAACUUUUUGCGUCAGUAUGUAGAGUAGGCAAGACGUAAAUGUCAUGCGGGGCCGGUUCAUAGUCGUCCUCGUAUUAUGUCUUUAUUACACUAUAGUAAUAAAUCGUCUUGAUUGGGCAGAUGAGACGGAGGGUACAAAUUGUCCACGAGACCACGUCGGUUUUUAGACCAUUAGUCUUUUCACACCCCAUCUCGCGCGAAAAACAAAAGUGUCAUAAUCAAACAAUUUUUGAAGUUAGGUCCAAUGAAGUAUUUUGUGAACUGAGCAUAAAAUCUCAUUGGUUCUAUUGUUUCCCUUGCAGCUCAGCAAAGUUCGGGUUAUUCAAGUAUUUUUUUCAUUACUUCAGACAAUAUAAAUAUGAGUUUAUUUCCGGAAUGUCGGUGCGGAUUGUUUUGGCGUGAACUACAUAAAAGUAAAUAGUGUAACAGUGAUAGCAUUUUCGAAUCUGCAUUGCGUUUGAUUCCAACCAAUUGUACCAUCCCAAAUCAUGCUUGGCUAGCUAUAGUGCCGACUAUUGAACCGUAUACAACGUCGCUGAGUGGUUUUCACUUUACAUAGUCUUGUAACUUUGCAUAACUCAAACAUUGAUUGAUCCACUGCCACCGUUAUAUGGAGAUGUUCCCGAGAAAUAUAAUACAAUAACUACAAAAAUCGUAGUAAAAUAUCGGGUUUGUAGGAAUCGGG